UCCGGGCAGAGGACGCGCCACAAAGGAGCCCGGCGGGGCGCGCUAAGAUGGCUGCGUGAGCGGGCGCGGCGUCGCCACCGAGGCUGCCCGCGGGCCCCGCCGCCGCCAUGGCCUUCGCGCUCGAGGAGACGCUCGAGUCGGACUGGGUGGCCGUGCGGCCUCACGUGUUCGACGAGCGCGAGAAGCACAAGUUCGUGUUCAUCGUGGCCUGGAACGAGGUGGAGGGCAAGUUCGCCAUCACCUGCCACAACCGCACGGCGCAGCGCCAGAGGAGCGGCUCCCGGGAGCCGGCGGCCGACGCGGCCCGCGGGCAGGGCGGCGCGGCGGGCAGGCCCGAGGCCUCGUCGCCCGGGCCCGGCUCCCCGGCCCGCGCCGGUCCCGCCAGGGCCGCGGCCGCCCCGGGGCGCGCGCCGGAGGACCCCGAGACGCGGGACGAGGCGGCCGACGGCUGCAGCUGGGCCGGCCUCUUCUCCUUCCAGGACCUGCGCGCCGUGCACCAGCAGCUGUGCGCCGUCAACUCGCAGCUCGAGCCGUGCCUGCCGCUGUUCCCCGAGGAGCCCUCGGGCAUGUGGAGCGUGCUGUUCGGGGGCGCCCCGGAGAUGAGCGAGCAGGAGGUGGACGCGCUGUGCUACCAGCUGCAGGUCUACCUGGGCCACGGCCUGGACACGUGCGGCUGGAAGAUCCUGUCGCAGGUGCUGUUCACCGAGAGCGACGACCCCGAGGAGUACUACGAGAGCCUGAGCGAGCUGCGCCAGAAGGGCUACGAGGAGGUGCUGCAGCGCGCGCGGAAGCGCAUCCAGGAGCUCUUGGAUAAGCACAAGAAUACAGAGAGCAUGGUGGAGCUCCUGGACCUGUAUCAGCGGGAGGAUGAGGCGUACAGCAGCCUGGCCGAAGCCACGACGGAACUCUACCAGUACCUGCUGCAGCCAUUCCGAGACAUGAGAGAACUCGCCAUGCUGCGAAGGCAGCAGAUCAAGAUCUCCAUGGAGAAUGAUUAUCUGGGACCUCGAAGGAUUGAAAGUCUUCGGAAAGAAGAUGCGGAUUGGCAGCGGAAAGCACAGAUGGCCGUGCUGUCUAUCCAGGACCUCACUGUCAAGUACUUCGAAAUCACCGCUAAAGCACAGAAAGCUGUGUAUGACCGCAUGCGGGCCGACCAGAAGAAGUUUGGAAAAGCCUCGUGGGCCGCGGCUGCGGAGCGCAUGGAGAAACUGCAGUACGCCGUCUCCAAGGAGACCCUGCAGAUGAUGAGGGCCAAGGAGAUCUGUUUGGAGCAGAGGAAGCACGCCCUGAAGGAAGAGAUGCAGAGCCUGCAGGGCGGCACUGAGGCCAUCGCCCACCUGGACCAGCUGGAGGCGGGUUAUUAUGAGCUGCAGCUGCAGCUGUAUGAAGUACAGUUUGAAAUCCUGAAGUGUGAAGAGUUGCUGCUGACGGCUCAACUGGAGAGCAUCAGGCGGCUCAUAUCAGAGAAGAGGGACGAAGUGGUGUACUAUGACACUUACGAGAGCAUGGAGGCCAUGCUGAAGGAGGAGCUGGCCGCCUCGGUGCUGGUGCAGAGGGAGGAGCUGCAGAAGCUGCAGCAGAAGGCACGCCAGCUGGAAGCUCGCCGCGGGCGGGUGUCCGCCAAGAAAGCCUACCUCAGAAACAAGAAGGAAAUUUGCAUUGCAAAACACAAGGAAAAGUUACAGCAGCGCACGCGCAGUGAGGAGGAGUAUGAAGCCCAUCACGCAGCACAACUGAAGAGGGAGAAAAUACAUGAUGAAGAAGAAAGGAAAAGUGCUUGGGUGAGCCAGGAAAGACAGAAAACACUGGACAGACUCCGCACUUUCAAACAGAAGUACCCGGGGCAAGUCAUCCUGAAGUCCACCCGGCUGCGGCUGGCACAUGCCCGCAGGAGAGGCGCCCCCGGGGACGCUGCACCCAGCUCGCAAGUGGAGGAGAGAACUGUGGGACGGGGGCGGGACACACAGCCCCUCAGCCUCACCAGCCUCCCGGACACACCCACAACGCAACUUGAAGCCACCUCCUUACCUCUGGACCCAGCGACCACCGAGCCGCUCCCAGCCUCUCUUCCUUCUGCCCUCUCCCUGCCUCUCCUUCCUGGCCCUGACCAUCAGCCACAUCCGUCUGCCCUGGAGCCUCUCCCACCCACUCUUCCUCCCACGCCACCCCCGCCACCUCCACCACCACCCCCGCCACCUCCUCCACCGCUGCCCAUCAUUAAUGACCAUUAUAGCACCCCUGCGACGUCGGAGAAAGGCUCACACACAGAGCAGCAGCGGGGGGAGCACGUUCCUACACUCACCAAUGUGCCCUCUGCGCACCUGCUGGACAGCAGCCAGCUGGUCAGCGCCCGCAGGAAGCUCCGCAAGACUGCUGAGGGCCUGCCCCGGCGCAGAGUGAGCUCGCCCAUGGACGAGGUGCUGGCCUCCCUGAAGCGCGGCAGCUUCCACUUGCGGAAGGUAGAACCGCGGACUCUGCCGCCGUUCCCUAACGAGGACGAUAGCAACAACAUCCUGGCGCAGAUCCGGCGUGGGGUGAAGCUGAAGAAGGUGCAGAAGGAGGUGCUGCGGGAGUCCUUCACGCUGCUGCCCGACACGGACCCCCUGACGCGGAGCAUCCACGAGGCCCUGAGGAGGAUCAAGGAGGCGUCCCCUGAGUCAGAGGACGAGGAGGAGGCCCUGCCUGGCACGGACUGGGAGAACUGACAGGCAACUUAACCAAAAAAGGAAAAUUUCUUUUGGAAAACGCAGGUUGCAGCUCCAUUCCUCGGCUGGAUUACCUUAGAUCCAAAGAGUGUUGACUUGCCUUGGAAACGAGGACCCCUGCCUGGCCGUCCUGUGUCCCACCCUCCCAGCCAACGGUCCCAGCCUGAGGUGGGUGUGCAGUGUUCCCAUAUGGCAGGCUCCUGCUGUCCGUGCAUCUCCUCCCACCCGACACCACGGAUGCUGCGCUCACUGGGAGCCCAGCGGGAUGACAGCAGGGACACUGCAGGAGCCCACGCACAGGCAGCCCGUCGGCCAGUGCAGGCCACACGCGAACAUUCCUGCAGAGGCGGCUGCGGGCUGCCGGGGACACGGACCCCCCAGUGUGUGCUUCACAGGCCGUCUACACGUCGCAAGGUCAUGAAACAUAGAAAAUUCCAUCCUUUUAAUAGCUUUUCAUCCUGAAUUUAUAAUAUGAAUUUUAUGCUCAUCUUGUUUAUGAAAGCAAUACCUUACAGUUUUGAAAUGUUUCCAAUUUAUCUUUGUGUUUGCACUGUUUUGGGUGAGUGUCCUGAGCAUCAGGAUUUGGUGGUAGGAUGCACCUCCUGUUUCGUCAUGUUCCGUGUUCCAAGGUGGCAGACACAUUCCACAGAACACACAGGAAGCUUCUGGGGCUGCUGUUGUCACUGCACGGAAUAGGAGCAGCCAUCCCUUGCUGUCGCCAGUCAUUGUAAGCUGCUAAGCCAGGCCUAGGCACAGCUAUGGACAUGGAUGUGCUGCAGGGCUGGCCCUAAGCUGUUGGGGGCUAAGAGCGGCUGUAAGGCCUAUGCCAGUAGGUCAGAUUCGGGGAGCCAGGGUCCCCAGUGUCCUAGACAAGAUGCUCACGACCUUUCAUUCUGCAAGUUGACCCUGCAGGAUGAGGGUUUCAACAUGGCAGCGGCUGUUGGUGCCAUGCUUUCUCGUUGCUUGUUUCCCGUGCCAGCCCAGCCACCACCCCGUGCCUGGGAGGGUCAACUCUAAGACCGGGUAGGUCGCCUGCAUCCCAGCAUGGCGUCUAGGUGUCCCACAAGCCUUCAGGAAAGCACUGUGCUCCUGGCCCGGUCAUUGACUACACGAGUACCUCUGCAAAGCUUUAAGUGAAUUUACACACCUUUAAAAAUCCUGAGUGGAUUUUCUGCUCUCCACUUAAUAGCAAGUAUGUAGUGGAGGGUUUGCAGCAAGCACUGGCAUCUUGUCCUCUGGGGUCCUUGGACAUGUGCCGAGACUCUGGCAAGCAGAGGGGGCACCUCGGGUGUGCUGCAGGGUAGAGGAGAGCCCAGGGCUGGCUGCCCCAGGAGUCAGGUUCCCAGUCCCACAAGUUACAGAUGACCGCUCCAGGCAAGCCAGGGUUCUCCCAACUGUCGUGGUGGGUGCGGUCACCAGGUGAGCCGUCACAUUGAUUGCCUUGUGGUUUCAGAACCCAUGUGGGCUGUGCCAGCGCAGCUGCACUUUUUUGUUAAGGCUCAUCUGAAGGAAUGUGUGGUGCCUGAGGUUUACCAAGCUUGAGAGCAGCACAGAACAAUCAUCCCAUGGCUCUUCCCUGAGGAGCUAAAACUGUGCUACAAAGAUAGCCAGGGACCUGUUUCUGACACCACAGAAAGUUUCUAAGUUGAGGGGGGAGAAAUUCCUUGCACUUUUGAGCUAACAGAAGGCCAGGCCCUUGGCCACAGCGUAUGUUGAGCUGUCAGGCACAGCGAGCAAUAGCAGACACUCAGUAGUUCACCCCUGGAACAAAAAUGCCCAGCACGUUGGCCUCCCAAGUGGGACUGUGACCCGUGUGCAGUGGCUGCAUUCUAAACUGCGUAACGCAGUGCUUUUAGCUAAGGGGAAGCUUGCUCCUGUGAGAAGUGGUGCCUUUCCAGCUGUUACUGAACAUCCCCACUUAGAGUGCGGGGGGAGUGCCUGCCCUGUCACUGGAAGGGCCCAUCGGGGAGAAAUUCUGUCAGGUUAUCUGUACAAAACACACAGCUUGAAAACAUUUCAACACUGGUGUGACAGCUUGUAAUACAACCGUUUGAUCAUAGGCACCUUCAGUUUGACCUUACUCUUGCACUGACUAGACAAUAUAAAGCUAAAUGUGCAUAUCUCCAGCAUUUUAUUUCCCAUUUGUUGUUUAGCAUAGAGAAGGAACUACACUUUGUUGAGAGCUGCCAGGCAAGCUUUGCCCAGCCGUGCACGCCUGACCACCCACUCGAGUGAAGCUGUUUGAACCAGGAAGCCAUGGCAUAUUUUAAUCCUAUAAGUACAAUGUAAACAUUUUUCCUACAAAAUGAGUUUUUAUGGCUGCCUAAAUGAUUGUGUAUGUAAGCAGGUGUUUCAGGGUGAAAAGGAGUCAGCAUUCACAGACUGUGUGUGUGUGUGUGCACGCUAAGUGUCUGCCCAUUGAGUCAAAGAUGCUGUUCUAAAAUGUUCCGUUAUGCUCACAGUAAUUGCACAAUGUGGCAUUCUUAUAGCUGAUGGAAUAUUCUACAUCCACCCAUGUUUCUCCAUUCAUUCUGUCCCUACAAGGGGCACAGACAGAAAAUACCUCUGAAGCUCACGUGCUCGCAUUGAGUCCUGCGACAGCCCUGGGAAGCCGUCUUCAUUCCAGGUCCAGUCAGGGUGCAGGGCAGAGGAGCAGGGGUGAAGCUAUAGGGGUGCCCUCUCGCAAAGGCAUACGGCGCUCCUCUGGAUCCCCAGCGCCAGCGACACUGUACUCAGUGGCAAAUUUCCCGUCCCUACUGUGGCCUUCUCAGCUGGUGAGGUCCACCUGGACUGACAAGCUUGGUCGUGUGAAGGUGGGUGCAGUGGGUGCUAGCUGUAGGCCGCCCUCUCACAGGUGAGAGCCCCAGGGCUGACGUAAGUUCAGUAGCACAUGGAUUCACUGUUCAUGGCUUUGGGCAGCACCACACACUGGCACCUGGUGCCCAGCUUCUAAAAGAUGACUCUGAGCCCGUCACUGGGAGUGGACACUGCACACGGCACUGCAGACUUCCAUCCUAAAACAGGCUCAGUUAACACUCUGAUGUAUUAACAAGAGGCGAAGCUAAGGAAGCAUUUAGAGCAAUACGCAGACCGACCCCCCAGUAGCUGCCUGACCGCCUUUUUGUUGGUUAGUGCAACUCUGCAGCACGACUGUAUGGCUGUGUACUUCCUGUCUUUUACACUCACAACUACGACUUCAGCAUUAGACUCUGUACCACAUGUCACCGUCACUUCCCUCUGCACAUGCAAUGUAACAACAUACAGUUUUGGUGCUUAACAAUAUUCCUUGUUUUCUUUAAUAAAGGAUAUUUAUUUGCAUUAA